CCCCGGGAUAAGUUCCCACCACGAUCUGCACCUCUUCGAUGCGACUGGACGAUAAAUGGGCUAGCCUCUCAAGACCGGCCCAUAUCCCUUUUGGUCCCCUUUAGCGAUUGUCAUAAGCGCAUGCAUGGACCUUACGAAUCUGUUGCACUGCGUGCACGGACUCUAUCUCUACCUCUUCCUCUAUCCCUUAUUUCUCAUUCCAGAGCAGAGCGAUACGAUGGAAGAUGUCUUCUUUCGAUGCCCAAUCAUCUCUCCUCGCUCAUCUCUCGUCUCUCCCCUCUUUCAGUCCAGCAUUCUGCUGACGUCCCCGCCCCCUCCCAUUUCAUCUGUCUUGAACUCACUCGACGUCCUUCCCCCUCACUUUUCUCCCUCGGUCCAUAUCACUCUUGUCUCUUUCUUCUCCCCCUUCUUUGUCCUCUUCUCCCUCCCCCCCCCCCUCUCAUCUCAUAUCUAUCUGUCCCCUCGGUCAUUUCCAUGUCAUGUCAUGUCGUGUCGUGUCGUCGAUGAAGAUCAGCCUGUCCGUAACGAGCUCAUCACCGUCCCUUGUUUGAGGCCCUUUCUUGCUACCUUUGACUGGACUGAUAUCAGUGGUGGUGUGAUCUGAGGUUUGAUUGGGAUUGGAAGGGAAAGGAUCGUGGGCAUGGGCAUGGGCGUGAUGAUGGUGAUGCUUUGUGAGGAGGGGAGAGGGCAGGUGAGGGCUGGUUGUACUGUAGCUGGCAUGGAUCAAGGGAGCCUCUCUCUUCUGCCCUAACGGUGAUCCUUCUGCAUCUUGGCUUCCGUCGAUGAGACAGGAGAGUGGGGGGCGAUAGGCUCAAGCUCUCGGACAGCGACGCCAAGCGUGCAUCCAUCCAGCUCAAUCGCAAUCGCGGCAAGGAUCCUGGUGGGCGGAAAUGACGAAAGAAGCUUCUUUGUUGAACAGGGUGAAUGAGCAGAG